UUCAGUACCAAAAGCGGUAACCCCGAGCUACACUCGGGCUUACCAUGCGGCAUUGCUCAGGGAUUCCCUGCAGCACUUACCUUGUCCUUCGCUCCCGUGAUGUGUCCCCUGCAGCGUCCCCGGCCAUCUCCUCCGGCCGAUGCUGGACCCCGGCUUCCGCAUUCCGGUCCCUGUGACAUCGGGACGUACGGGCACUGGAACCGACGGCAAAUUUGAAAUUUUUUUAAAAAAAUUAAAUUUUUUUAAAAAUGAUUAUUAUAUAUGCUUUGUCCUGUGCCCUGCCUGCAUUUUGACUGUUCUUUCUG